ACGGAAAAAAACACAUACUGAAACUUUUUAGUCACUGUGUAAUAAGAAUUAACUUAUUUAAAUUUAUCAAUGUGUGAAGUGGAAAUAGAAUGUGGUGUUGAUUUAGGUUUUGCUGAAAAAUUUGAAGAUGAAAAUUAUGGUUCCAAUAAAAAUCCUUAUAUAAGUAAACUUGGUGGAAAGCCAUUCUGGGUUUCUAGAAGUAAUGUUCCAAGUGUGUCUACUUUAAAAUGUGGUAACUGCUUUAACCAAAUGACUUUUUUAUGUCAACUUUAUGUUCCUAGUGACAAUGAAAUAGGUAGCAAUUUAUCAAAAAGUGAACUUUUUAUAAAUAAAAUAUUCUAUCUGUUUUGCUGUAAUAAAGGAAGUUGUUAUUCUAGUCAGUUGUGCGUAAAGGUAUUAAGAUUUGUAUGCGAAAGCAAUGGCUCUGAUGAAAAUUUCCAACCUGUGUAUUUACAUGACACUAAAGAUAUUAAAAGUUUGUGCAAUCUUUGUGGUUGUUAUGGUGAUAAGAAAUGUUCAAAAUGUAGCCAGGUUUUUUACUGUUGUAAAGAACAUCAAUUAAUUGAUUGGAAAUUUUCACAUAAAAAAAAUUGUUAUCAAGAAGGGUAUAACAAGCAGCCUGAGUCAAAAGACAGCUCAGAUAACAAAAAGAAUCCCUUUUUAUUUGAUGAGUAUGAAAUUGUUAUUGAGAACGAACCAUCAAAGCAAGAAAGGUUAGAAAAGUUAAAAGAAAAGUAUAAAAAAUACGAAAACUAUAUGACUGAUCAAAAUACACAACUAGACAAGCAAUUAGAAAAUGAUUUAAAAAAGAUAGAUGAGACAAAUGGAGAUAAAAUGUUUUUAAACUUCAAGGAAAGAAUUGAGUGUGAACCAGAACAAAUUGUGAGAUAUGAGUUAAAUGGCGAACCAUUAUGGGUUUCUAGUGAAAAUAUACCAAAAGAGCAAGAUAUUCCCUUAUGUAAAUGUGGUAGCAAAAGACAGUUUGAAUUUCAAAUCCUUCCACAAAUGCUGAACUAUUUAGGCGUUGAAACAACCAAAGAAAGUAUUGAUUGGGGAACUCUAGUAGUUUAUACGUGCCAAAAGAACUGUGUUAAUAUAGACGACCUUUAUGUUGAAGAAUUUGUUUGGAAACAAGAUUUUUCAAACGAAAAUCUAUUAACAUGAAAAAUGUGUAAUUUUAUUGAUAUGGUGAUGAUGGUUAUAGUGAGCGCCACUAAACACCUUUUGUUAAUAACAAAAAACGCAUAAUUAAUAAGAAAUACGAUGGUUAAUUAAUUUACAGAGUUGUUACUGAUAACGAUGUUUUUAAAAUUAUAUUCUGGAGAAACAAAAUAAAACUAUUUUAAA